AAAAAUUGGAAGAUUCAAAUUCCUAUACUCAAAUUGGUAAAUUAAAGAAAGAUGGAGUGAGAGAGGGAGAAAGACAUUUUCUUUGAAAGCAAUAAAAUUUGGAUUAUACGACAUCGUACGUAAAAUCCCCCCAAGAUAACACAAAAAAGUUAGUAUAGAAGUUGCGAGCGAGGAAAUUAGGGUUUCGAAUUUCGACAAUCGGUUCUGCUAAUUGGAAAUUGGAAUUGGGAAGACGAGAUGUGUAGAGGUUGAGGAUAAGGUGUGGUGGAGCUGCUUGAGAUUCAUCAGGAUUCAAGGAUCAUGUUGGUUUGAAUUUUAGAAUUUUGGGGUUUAGGGUUUUGUUUUGUCUGUGAAGGUGAAGGUAAAGGUAAAGGCGAAGGCGAGAAGAAACGAUGAAGAAGCUAAGAUGGGCAAUGGACGGGCAAGGCUUCUGGGAUCUCGAUGUUUCAACGUCUAGAACACUCGAUGGCUCUGCUUCCCCGGUUCCUUCUCCUUUACACUUACUUCCUUUGGGAUUAUCCAGAGGCGUUCGUCUUUCCAGAGCCAAGCAGAUCGAUUUUAUGCAGCGUUUCAUGGCUGCUCCUUUUGUUCCUUCUUAUUCCCCCUCCCAUGGCUUCUCUCUUCAACGCGUCUUCUCCGUACCCUUUUCAGAUUCUGGCUCCAUUACUCUCUUAGGCCAGUUCAAUUUGCAGAAAUUCAUGUCCUCUCUGAUGAAAACUGGUUCUGGAGAGAUGUGUCAGUCGUAUUCCUCACUUCUGCAAUAUAUUGGAAGGCAUCUUUACCAACGGUCUUUGUAUGCUGUUGGUAUCUCUGCCGAUAUCUUGUUACCACCCGAUGAUUCGCUGAUGAUUAGCUUCGAUGGAUAUGGUGACAGUGAUAUAGUUCGAACAAAAGCAGUAUUUCACCGCAAGUUCCUACAUCAUGAUCUAACAGUGGAGGCACUUUCUCCAGGACUUUUUAUGGAGAAAUGUGGUAGAUAUUGGGAUGUGCCUUCUUCAUUGGUUGUUGAUCUAGGUUCUGUUGCUUCCGAUUCGGGUUUGAGUUACCAUUUGUCUAUGCACCAGAAUGCUGGGUUUCCCUCACAAUUGGGAAGUGAACCGACCCAUUCUGCUCCUUUCUGUUUACUUCCUGGUCUAUCAGCCAAGGCUGCGUUUGCCUUUAAGAAGAACUUUGAAAUUUGGAGAAGUAAUGCCAAGAAGUUAAAGAUGGUGCAACCUUAUGACAUUUUUCUAUCAACUCCUCAUGUUUCAUUGUCAGCGAUCAUUGGUGCUGUAGCUACUUCCUACUUUGGAGACGAUUUGGCUAGAUCAGCAGCACAAGACAGUCUUGAGAAAUUCAAAGGAUUUUACAUGAAGAGUUCUAGAAUUAGAUCGACUGUUUUCGCGGAUUUAUUCACUUCUAUUUCUUUUUCAGCUCAGUAUGGGAUGUUUCAGAAGAAAUAUCUGGAUCUUACCCGAUUUUCUGCUUGUAUGGAUUUCCAUUCUGGCUCCAAGUUUCUUUCAGGAUCCAUGCUUUUGAUAGAUGAUCUUUCCAACUCCCGGCACCCAAAAACUGAAUCUGUGAAAGCGACCUUGCCUAAUGCAAGAUUUUCCAUUCAGCAACAGAUUGCUGGACCUGUGAGCUUUAGAGCAGAUACAGGAGUUGCAAUAGAUUUGAAUAAAGCAGGGUGGGAUUUAUUACGAGUGGAAGAGCCUACAUUUGCCUUGGAAUAUGCGUUGCAUGUCCUUGGUUCAGCUAAGGCAAUUGCUUGGUAUUCACCAAAGCAUAGAGAAUUUAUGGUAGAGCUUCGUUUCUACGAGACCUGAGGUCGUUAUGGUGACCACUGUUGCUACGCCCAUUCUUUUGUUUCUUUAUUUGACAACAAACACAUUCAGCUUUGAGUUGUCUUAACACCCUCUCUUUUAUUCGUUCAAUAGCAUUGGGUGAACUCAUCAGGUGAUGGAUUAGAUUUUUAACCUUUUUUAUUGAGAACAUAUAUAUAUAGUAAGAAAAUGAGUUAUCCUCAAGUUGAUGGUUGAAAAACCUUUUGAUUUGAUGUUAUGAAAACAUUGUAUACAAUGAUUUAGCAAUAGCAAGCUGUUAAAUUUUGACAAGGCU